UGUGCGCUGGGCUUUAGUGGAGAGGUAGAGGGGGAGCUGUCACGCUCUAUCGUACAGUAAAUGGGAUUAAAGUACUAAAGCUCCUAAAUCGUAGUGGAGAGCAGUUUCUCGCAGACAGCACCGCAUGUGCCUGUCUAUAUGCACAGCCAAGAGUUUGCUUUGCUUACUGAUAUAGCUCGGGCUUUUUGACUGGAGGAGAACAACACUGAAUUAUAUAUUAUUUUUGGAAGGGAAAAAAAAGACAUACUGAAACCUCUCUCCCUUGCGUACCUUUAUUAAUAGAAGGGAGAGAGGGGGCGGUAUAUCUAUUUAACACCAUUGCUAGACAGUUUAUUCAAAAUUCUUGAGCAAGAGAAAACUUCUCCCUAGCCCGCGAGAAUAAGUUAACUAAGGAGAAAAUGGAGAACCAGACAGUCGAACCACUCAGCUUCGAGGACGUUCGGAAGAGCGGCUAUCUCCGCAAGCAAAAAUCCAUGCACCGGCGAUACUUCGUUCUGCGGACGGCCUCCGAACGGGGCCCUGCCCGACUGGAAUACUACGAAAGCGAGAAGAAAUUUCGUGGCAAAGCGCCUGUCCCGAAAAAAGCACUGGUUUUGGAAACGUGUUUCAACAUAAACAAACGGGCCGACUCGAAGAACAAGCACAUGAUAGUACUCUACACCCGGUCAGAGAGCUUCGCAAUCGCGGCGGAUAACGAGGUGGAUCAGGACGAAUGGUUCCAGGCUAUGGUCGAGCUUCAAUGUAAAAGUAAGGCACUGUCUGACAGCGGCAGCGGCGGGGAGUAUGGUGUGCCCUCUCCUGGCCCCGCCUUCAAGGAAGUCUGGCAAGUCAAAGUUUGGCCGAAAGGCUUGGGUCAGGCCAAGAACCUGGUGGGAAUCUACCGGCUCUGCCUAACAGACAAGACUGUGAACUUUGUUAAGCUUAAUUCUGACGCAGCAGCCGUCGUGCUCCAGCUGAUGAAUGUUCGGCGUUGUGGCCACUCUGAGAACUUCUUCUUUAUAGAGGUAGGUCGCUCUGCUGUGACCGGUCCCGGAGAGUUCUGGAUGCAGGUGGAAGAUUCUGUGGUGGCCCAGAACAUGCACGAGACCCUGCUUGAGGCCAUGAAGGCGCUAAGCGAGGAGUUCCGCCAGCGUAGCAAGUCACAGUCAGCUGCUGCUGGUGCUGGAGGAGGUACUACCGCCUCGAAUCCCAUUAGCGUACCCUCCCGACGCCACCAUCCAAAUCCCCCACCCAGUCAGGUGGGCUUCACGAGACGUCCGCGCACUGAACCACCGGGUGGUAUAGGAGGAGGUGGAGGAAACAGCACUAAUGCGUCUCCCACCCCUCGACACAGCUUCCCCCGGGCACGGACCUCCAGUGAUGGAGGAAAAACCGAGGAGGGUGGAGGAGGUACUGCAGCAGGAGGUGUAGUGACCAGUUCUAGCCCAACUCCAAAUGGCUCCUGCACCAAUACUCCAAUCCUCAGGAGCACCUCUGUCCGUGCUCCUACACCAGCCAAGGCUCAACACUCACUGAUGAGAUCCACCUCCACCCCUGCCCCCUCUACAACCCCCAAUACCUCCACCACUUCAGGGCAUGGUUCAGAGUUUGGGAAUUUAGCAGCUGGAGGAGGGGCAAGUGGAGGUGCAGGGGCUUACAGCCGACUGCCCCUCCGUCAGCAUUCUGUCUCAGGUUCCCUUAGCGACUAUGGAUCUUCAGAUGAGUAUGGCUCAAGCCCGGGGGAGCCCACACUGCUCACCUCAACAAUUCAGCCUGAUUCUGCCAGCAGCCUUGGCACACAGCCUCCAGGAGAUGAGGCUGCCAACUAUAUUUUGAUGGGCCAGAGAGGGACAUUGAAUGCCAUGCCCACACAGAACUCACUACCACCAACGAGGAGGGUAUUGCGACGCUCCUCCAGCCGAGAGUGCGAGGCUGAACGUCGGCUGCUAAGCAAGAGGGCCUCCUUGCCCCCCAUGGCUCUUGAGAGACUUGCCCCACUGCGCAGGGGAGGUGAGGAAAAUGGUGAGGAGGACGACUAUGCUGUUAUGUCCCGCAGCACCAGCCGAGAGUCGUUUAGCUCACGCCGUGAUUCAGGAGUAGGUCCAAACGGCAGCGGAUACCUUGACGUGGCUGCUGAGUUAAAAAGCGAAGCAGCAGCUGUUGGGAUGGGUGGAUCAGCAGCGGUCCUUGGAACUGGAAGCAGCAGCACAGUGGACAAUGGGUACAUGUCCAUGUUGCCGGGAGUAACCGCCUCUCCUGUCUCCCUCUCUCACUCCCUUUCCGUGGCUGUGUCUGACUCUGACGCCAAGACUACCGAUGACUACAUGGCCAUGACGCCUAACAGUAGUGUCUCACCGCCCCAGCAGAUCAAGCUGCCACCUUCCGGCUCUGAUGGCUACAUGAUGAUGUCACCCAACAGUAGCUGCUCUCCAGACCAGCGCGGAGUCCCGACUUCUUGGAUGGGCAGCAGCAGCGCAGACAGCCGAGCAGGCAGCGACUAUAUGAACAUGUCGCCCAUCAGUGCUCGCUCCGCAAACAGCACCCCUCCGCCUCCUGAGGCCCUCACCCUUUCUGACCAGUACUCCCAACAGCCUGCUCCAAAAAUGGUGUAUUCUUACUACUCAUUGCCCCGUUCCUACAAACACAACCCCCCAAAGCACUUUGAGGAAGGCCAGGGACGGGGAAAACGACCUGGAGUCAGUGGUGAGAGGGGUGUGACCGUAGGACGGGGACAGGGUAACAGUCCUACCCAGCGGCAGGAACAAGCACCUGGAGCCACAUCUGGCCGACACUUAUCUCUCUCCUCUUCGUCCUAUUCUUCCAGUUCAGCCAGCAGUGAAAGCUUGGGUGAAGGUGAAGAGAAACCCACUCAGACUCCCACUGCAGCAGGCACAUGGGUCAAAGACAGCAGGGCACUGCAGCAAAGGAGAAGUUCGGCAGGCUUGAAACAGGGCCAGCAAGGGCAGCGGAGUCGGCCUCUCAGCCUAUUUGUUGAUGUUUCCAAAGCCAACACCCUGCCCAGGGUACGUGAGUCCCCCCUCCCACCUGAACCAAAGAGUCCAGGGGAGUAUGUUAGCAUCGAGUUCAAGGGUGAAAGGAACUUCAAAGGAGGAGGAGGAGGAGCCAGAGGGCUCAAGCAGGGCGACUUUCUUCCCGCAAGUGUACACCGACCUUUGCCCAGGCCCACAUCCUGUGUGGCUGGAUUCUUGGCCCUAUCUCAAAGUCCUUCAACGCCCGUCUCUCCUUCAGCUGCGUCCGAGUACGUUAACAUGGAACUUGGACCGUCACCAUCCCCAUCUCCUCAAUCCCUCACCCUACUGAGUUAUCCCUCUUUUCCCUCCCCUACAACCCCUCCUGCUGUCGCCCAUAAAGCCCGGGGUGAGUGCGCUGCAAUCCCUCAAAAUGAGGAAGAGCCAGAGGCCGAAAUAGGGCAGAGGAAGGACAGGCAAACAUCAACCCCCCAGACUGCAGAUUCCCCAACAGCACGUGCAGACUACACAGAGAUGGCCUUCAGUCUGACCUCAGGCACCACAACUGGUUCCUCACCUAAAGCGCCCUCACCCGACCGGCCCAAGACCGGUGGCCCAGCCAUGAGCAUUGGGAUGGGGCUUGACUUUCCGCUGGCUAAGGUCAGCCCAAACCCCGACCAUGGGGCCAAGGUCAUCAGGGCAGAUCCACAAGGUCGUCGGAGGCACUGCUCUGAGACGUUCCUGGCUCCCUCCUCCAUCCCCACUUGUUCCUUGUCCACCUCCUCCUGCAUGUUCCCUGAACACGCCCAAGUUGUGGCACGACGUCUCGGUUUUGACGGGAUUCUCUGGGGAAAUGGUUCUUCUCCAGAUGUUCCAGCAAGUCAACCUUCUGCCCAGACUACAUCUGUGGAGCAAGGCCUGAACUACAUAGACUUAGAUUUGGUUAACAAGGAGAGUCCUCACCCUCCUCUUGACGGACAAGCAACCACUCUGCAAAACCCAUCUCGCUUGUUUUCCGUCCUGGGUGGAGGGUCUGCAGGAGUUGGCUCUGGAACUAGUGGGGGUAUCAGUGGAACCUCAAACCUCAACACUUACGCCAGCAUCGACUUCUACAAGUCUGAGGAGCUUCGGACGCAGAACGGAGGCAAAGAUGGUACAGAGUGUUGAUGUCGUGGCCCCGCCCCUUUUGGAAUUGUGGGAACUGGAGUCCUUGCAGACCAUCAUGUUCCAAAAAAAAGCACUUUUAAAAGAACGGACAAAAGAUUUUAUUUUUAAAAGUUUUACCGGUUGCAGCAAACCAACGUGGAAUGUGAGCCAAGAGAAAAAGGUAAAAAGAAGAAAAAAAAACCUCUGCAAGAAGAACUCAACAGCCAAUGAAAGGACAGAGCACAGAUGAAAACUGUCCAAUCAGAGCCAUUGACUUUUCUCGUCCAUCUUCAUCAGCAGCUUGAAAAUCACCCUGGAGUCGAGUCAUCUCCAAAAAGAAGACAUCAAACAGCAGAAUUAAAAAAAAUGGUUAAAAAUCCUUGAAAUAUGUUAUAUGAAACAUUGCAGAAGUGCCUCUUGUUUUAUUGAUUGUUGUUAUUUUUUCACAGAGAAUUGAAAUGACUGAAGUACAGACAUGAGUGAUGGGGCGUUUUUUGUUACGUUUCUUUUUUGUUGUUUUGGUUUUGUUUUGUUUUGUUUUGUUUUGUUUUGGUUAUUUAGGGAGUU